GACUUAACAACACAAUUUGAUGAAUCAACAGAGCUGAUAAUAUAAAAAAUUUGCUGCUGCGUCAGGCAAGACUGUGGUUGACUUGUGCGAGAGGAAAGCUUAUAUUGGAACGAAGGUUUAGUUAUCUUUAAACGACUAAUAUUUAGAAAUAUGAAUAUAUUAAUAGAUACACUUCCAAAUAGUUCGCCCACUUUUCGCAACUUUGUAACAUAUUUGAUUGAAGUGUAAAAGGACAAAUAACAUGCACUAUAAUAAUAAUAAUAAUAAUAAUAAUAAUAAUAUAUUCUGUCUCAUAUCGAAUUGUUGUACGUAACCAGCUUAGUUGGCUACUCGAUACGUUGGCAAAUGUGAUAUUGUUUAUCAGUAUGUUUAUUAGCGCUAUUAUAUAUUUAUUAAAAAUACACAACUCCAUACCCGUUUCAAAAGAUUUGGUGUCUCUGAAUGUACAAUUACAUUGAUAAUAGUAUAUCCGUACAAGACAAACUUCCACAGUGGGAGCGGCUAUUUCGGUUUUGCUGCAGUUCACCGACUCUCAGCCCGGGGAAUCCGCUGCUUCGGCGGUGAGGCACCGCUGAGUUUAACAACAGUUUGUUGAGCAACUCCUGGUGAAUUUAACAACGCGGCUAUAGUGCAGUACAGUGCACCGAGGUCUCGAGGAACAGUGCGCGAUGUAGUUUACCAGUGUGUGACUUGUCAAUAGUGGUAGUUUUUUGUGUUAUUAGUUGGUUGUUUCAGGAUGGAUGGUUCAAGAUCAUAUUAACUAUUGCUAUGUUGAAGUGUACUGUUAUUUUAGUUGUAUGUCGUUUAAUUUUACCAAGUUAAAGACUAGUGUCAUGGCGGAGCUGCAGAAAGAAGAGAGUGCGCAACUGCACCAGGAGGACGCUGGCGAUAAAAGUGGUUCAACAGUAUGUGAAGCAAAGGCAGAUCAGGAGGAAUCAAACAUUGAGCAGUGUGAUGAAGGAAAGGAAAAGACAGAUCAAACAGAGGAUGUAACCAACCUAGAUCCCCAGGACGAAUCAGGUGCCGACAACACCUCCAUGUCAUCCACAGCUGCAGCAGAGAAACACAUUUCCAUUCAGGCUCAGUUGACAGACCUAGAGAAUCUGACAGAUCUAAAUGAAACUGGUAAGAAAUUAUGCCCUCUGUGCUCUGAAGAGAAGUUUAAAGCCUGCUACAAUCACAAACUACGACGUCACUUACAGAAUCUGCACUGGAAAGUCUCAGUGGAGUUUGAAGGACACAGAAUGUGCAUCUGUCAUCUGCCUUGCCGGCAACUGAAACCCAGCCUUAAUGGAGACCAGUGUUCAAGUCGGCUAGGAGCACAUUACCACUGCAUUGUUUGCUCAGCCACCAUUGCUCGCAGAACUGACAUGAUCAGCCACCUUAAGCGGCAUGUGAACAAGGGAGAGACCGAGGCCAGUUACACAGGAGGUUCAGACUUUUCAAUAGAAACAAAAGUUUCCACCAAACAGUCCUGUGAAAUAUUGAAAGAAUCAGACACCAAUGUCCAGGUCCUUCCAAACUUCAGUACUCCACAAAAGAGUGACUCCUACUUCAACCGCAAAAUGAAAACAAACAGACAGUUGGUAUUCUGUGCCCUGGCCGUUCUGUCAGAGGAACGGAGUCCGCUAGAGUGUCUGGAUGCUUUUGGAGCCACAGGAAUCAUGGGGCUGCAGUGGGCACAGCACCUGUGCAGCGCGGUGAAGGUCACCAUCAAUGACAUCAAUGAGACGUCCGUGAAGAUGAUCCGUGAAAACUGCCAUCUGAACCACAUGAGAGUGCAAGGGGACAACGAGGGGGAGGAGUUUGACGAGGAGCCAGUCUCCACCAUCGAGGUCACCAAGAUGGAUGCCAACGUCCUGAUGCACCUUCGUGCCUUUGACUUCAUACACCUGGACCCGUAUGGAACAGCAGUGAAUUACCUGGAUGCAGCGUUCAGGAACGUCCGGAAUCUGGGAAUCGUGUCGGUGACAUCCACAGACACUAGCUCUCUCUACUCCAAAACUCUGAAUGUGACGCUGAGACACUACUCCUGUCACAUUAUCAGGACAGAGUACUACAAAGAGCUUGCUGCCAGAAUGGUCAUAGCUACCAUGGCAAGGGCUGCGGCGCGCUGUAACAAGGGAAUCAAGGUGCUGCUGGCGGUGGCCCUGGAGCACUUUGUCCUGGUGGUGGUGCAGGUUCUGAGAGGACCCACGCAGGCUGACGAAUUGCCCAAAAAAAUUCAGCAGCUUAUCCAUUGCCAGUGGUGUGAGGAAAGAGUCUUCCUGAAGGAGGGCAGCAUGGUGGAGGAAAACCUGUAUAGACAGCUACCAUGUGACUGCCACGGGAGCAUGCCAGGCAAGACCGCUGUGGAACUGGGGCCUCUGUGGUCAGGUUCUCUGUUUAAUACUGGGUUUCUAAGAAGGAUGUUGUUUGAAGCUGUGCAGCAUGAGAUGGAUGAGAUCCAGCCACUAGUGAAGUCGCUGAUCUGUGAAUCUGAGUGCACAACACUGAAACAAUUCUCAAUCCCUGGGCCUGCCAGGAACGUCCGCCAAGAAUGUGGUGUAGUUAUUAAAACCUUAGAAAAAGAGGAAGAUGUAUCAAGUGAUGAACAGUCUCUGGGGACAGUUUUAUUUCCUCUAGGAAAGAGGAAGAUGCAGGAAGGAGCAGGAAACAUGUUGAAGAGACAGAAAUCUGAAAUGCCAGCGGAGCAUCCAGCCUUCUACUACAGCAUUCACCGGCACAGCAUCCGGGGGAUGAACAUGCCAAAGUUAAAUAAAUUCCUGCAGUACCUGACAGAAGCUGGUUUCCGAGUGAGUCGGACCCAUUUCGAUCCGACAGGAGUUCGUACAAAUGCCACUCUGGCCCAGUUCAAGGCUGUUCUCGCCAAGUACAGCGUGCCGACCUACACCACUGUCCAGACAGGGGACCACAGCCAUGCUGCAGAAGAAGUCAAGUUGGACAUGGAGUUUGCUUGUCCAUGAAAAUGCUGAACUAUUGCUAAACCUCAGAUUAAUUGAUUACUAGCUUUAGCUGGGAUUUUGACUGUGAAAGGGUCAGAUUAAGCAAGUAUGCUGUCUGUAUCUGUGCUUAUAAACCAGACUUCUGAUCUGAUGUCUUAAAAGUUAUACCAUGCUCCACUCUUCUGAUAAAUACAAAGGCUGAAUUAUUUUUUAAGCUAUUUGCACAAAACUGACAGCAUAAGAAUAUUAGAUGGGUGUGUGAAUAUUUCAAGGCUUAAUUACCUGUUCCCUUACAAAUUUCUUUUCAGAUUUGUUAAGUUUUGUCCACAUAGACUGUUUAUCUGAAUGUCUGUUGUCAUGCCAGGACCAUCUUGUGAGUUUUUACAGAGUAAAGUUUCCUGACUGAUAGUUACAUGCAUUGUUAUUUUUCAACAAGGUAUUUUUAGCUCUGAAAGGAAUCCCUAUAAAUUAAUGCUGGCUUGAAAGUAGAUGUAUUCAUUUGUAUGUUCCUGUGUUUUCAUAAUUUUUUACAUGAAAGUAAUUAAUAUAGUACUGCAGUGAGGUAUUCCAGUCUAGGGAAUAACCUCCAAAGCCCCAUAACUCUGGUAUUGUCUGCAUUUCAUUGCUUUGCUCUUGAGUGAUUCAGGGAACUCAAUGUUUUCUUACAAUUACACACCAUGCUUGAAAAGUCACCUGAAACAUUCUAGGCGGUAGUAACAAUAUGUUUGUGUUUCCUAGUGAACAGUUUCUCUGUAAUUAAAGUGCACCACAGUCUAGUGCGGUCUAGGCUCUCACAGUUGCUUGUUGUUUUUGUUUUUUGUUUAAAUGAACUAGGAUGUAUAUGUUAAUUGGAUUUGUUUUUAAGAUAUGUGAAUAGGUUAAGUAGUUUACUCUAAUGAAUGAACAGUGAUAAAUCCAAAAAUUGGUCAUUCAUUUCCUUGAAAGGCUGUUCUGUUUCUGAAAGUAUAUUACACCAGAUUCCUUACAUUGAAAGUAAACCCAUCUACCAACAACAGAAAAUGUCCUGCACUGACAUAAACUCAUGGUGUUUGAUUC